AGGCAUUUCGGCAUCCCCACUGGGCAGGCCUGAGUGAGCACCUUGACCAUGCAGGGGACCUGGAUGGUGUUGGCACUGAUAUUGGGCACCUUCGGAGAGCUUGCUAUGGCCUUACUAUGCUAUACCUGUCCGGAUCCUGUGAGUGCGUCUGACUGUGUCACCAUCACCCCCUGCCACAUCAAUGAAACUAUGUGCAAGACUACACUCUACUCCCGGGAGAUUGUGUUCCCUUUCCUGGGGGACUCCACGGUAACCAAGUCCUGCGCCAGCAAGUGUGAGCCUUCAGAUGUGGAUGGCAUUGGGCAAACCCGGCCAGUGUCCUGCUGCAAUUCUGACCUAUGCAACGUGGACGGGGCACCCAGCCUGGGCAGUCCUGGUGGCCUGAUCCUUGCCCUGGCACUUAUCUUUCUCUUGGAUGUCCUGCUGUAAAGCCAUGGCCCUCUGGCUCCACCCCCUUGUCCCUGACAUCCCGGAUCUCUAAUGCCUAGAAGAAAUACAAUAACCACCUGCA